AUGGCGAUCAACAAGCCACAUCCUCACCAUUUCAAUGGCACGAAUAACGUCGGCGACACAGCCAAGGCCUUGGAUCAUCUAGCAGUCACUAAUCUAAUCGAGUUCGAUGCUGUUGGAGUUUUGAAAAGGCUUCAUGACUGUGCGGGUGAGAGCUGGCCAAAAUAUGAGCCAUUCAGGGAUUUCUCGACUUUCGCCAACUCAUCACACUCUCCAGACUUGCACCGUUGGGGUACUUAUAUUUCUCAAGUUUGUCGCUUUAAAAGUGAAUCGCAAAACGAUACUGAUCUUGCUGGGCCCGGUGUGAUUGUUUCAUAUUUCGUCUUAAUUUUGCUUGUCUUCUAUGCUUGGGCAUGCAUCCGCAUCCUUCAUGUAGCAAAAAGCAUUGAUUCGCUAGCGAGAUUGACAAUCUAUGGGGGGGAAAUCUACUCUUUCAUCACCUUCCAACGCUCUCGUUUAGCAAAGCGCCUUAAACACUCGACGAGCGUAUUCGUCAUCGAAAUGCAGGAAGCCCAGUGCUUCUUCAUCCUUGCCAUCCAAAUCGGUCUUAUCUACGCUAAUCUCCGGCCAACUGAGGAUUUCGGAACACAAGACUGGAGAGGCGUAAUACGCAGUCGCAUCACGAUGAACUGCCUUACUGUUAUUGCGGCCCUAACUCUUAUCUUGAACCAAGUAACGCUCCAUCAGUUACAACUUGAUUCCCUUUACUCAUUUGCAUUAUGCACUAUGGUUUUUAUCAUGUUUUAUGUGGCUUUUACGGUUUCAAUAUUGGAAAAUAUGGAUAUUGACACCAUCUACCGCAUGUCUGCGGACGGCGAUAACGUGAAAUGCGGCGGAUUCGCUAGUUUGGAUGACCUUUGUGAUGGUCACUACUUUAUUGGAACACUAUACGAAUUUACGCCUAGAUUUCUUAUGAAAUGGUGCUUCACAGGACUAUGUCUUCUUUGGUCCAAGAAAAUAUAG